ACAAGGCUCUUCAGCAUUCAUAUAUAUAUAUAUAUAUACAUUUUAUACAAUAUAUACAUGUACACACAGAGACAUACAAUCAACAGUUCCAUGGAUAUAUCUGGAGCAGUGCUAUUCAUUCUAGCUUUGGCCCUCUCUAACAAUGGUUCCCCAAGAAAUGUGUUCCAUGUCUAUGGAAAAGAAUUUAAUGUGAUGGACUAUGGAGCUAAAAGUGAUGGCCAAACUGAAAAUUCCCAAGCAUUUGGUGAGGCAUGGAAUGCUGCAUGUGGAGAUUCAACCCCAAACCCCAAACUCAUUGUUCCAUCAGGGCACACAUUUUUGGUGAACCCCAUCAUGUUUCGAGGUCCAUGCCAAGCCCCCGAGAUCCAUUUCGUGAUUGCAGGGACAAUAAUAGCUCCAGACAGACCUGGUUUUUGGGAUGGAAAAGAUGCAAGCCAAUGGCUGGGAUUUGAGGGUGUGAAGGGCCUCAAAGUGGAUGGAUUUGGCAAUGGCACCAUUGAUGGAAGGGGAAAGGCCUGGUGGGAUCAGUCCUGCAGAUAUAAUCCCCAUCUGAAAACUUGCACGUCGUUGGCUCCAACGGCGCUGCGGUUUUUGUCGUGCGAUGAGAGCAUUGUUCGGAAUGUGGGCUUGAAAGACAGCGCGCAGACACAUAUUCUCAUCAUGGGCUGCAAUGGAUUCAACGUAAACAAUGUGGUAAUGAUGUCUCCUGGGAGCAGCCCCAACACCGAUGGCAUUCACAUCCAAGACACUCAGCAUCUUUCCAUCUCCAAUUCCAGCUUCGGCGUCGGGGAUGAUUGCAUAUCAAUUGGGGAUAGAAUUAGGGAUAUUAACAUACAGAAUGUUAAAUGUGGACCAGGACACGGCAUCAGCAUUGGAAGCCUCGGAAGAUCAGGAAAUUACGUUCAAGUAGAGAAUAUUUCUGUCACUAAUGCUUACUUCACUGGAACCACUAAUGGAGCUCGGAUUAAAACAUGGCAGGUCGGGAGAGGAUACGUGCGCAACAUUAAAUUUGAGAAUCUCACAGUGGACUCUGUUAAGAACCCUAUAAUCAUCGAUCAAAAUUACUGUGAGGUUAGGGAUGGUUGCAAAGAGCAGGAAACUGGAGUGCAGAUAAGCCAGGUAGUUUACAGGGGAAUGUCAGGGACAUCGAGCACUGAAAUUGCCAUUAAUCUCAAGUGCAGCAGCUCGGUUCCAUGCCGUGGAAUAUUGAUGGAAGACAUACACUUGACAUCAGCCAUGGCUGGAAAAGUGGUCACCACAUAUUGCAGAAAUGCUCAUGGCAAUGUAACAGAUGUCGCCCCGGAUUCCACCUGUCUGCUAGACUGA